CAAUGGCUUUGAAUGUUGGUUCAAGUUCAACUCUUUAAAAGAGUUCGAAAAAGCCAUUAAGAACUAUGAAGUAGAAUUUAGCGUUUCUUUAUAUAAACGAGAGAGUAGAUCCAUUGCAUCUGCAAGAAAAAAAGGCAUCAAGCGAACCUUAAAUGACGAUUUAUUGUUUUAUAACAUGCAUUAUGCAUGCUAUCAUGGAGGGAAAAAUUUUAAAAGUUUAAAUCAAAGCACAUUCCAGAUAGAUUGCCCAUAUGGAAUCUGGAUAAAUGUAUCUGGAAACAAUUCACAAUUAUGGAUCCAAAAAUUGGUAUUAGAGCACAAUCAUUUUGUUGACAAAGAAUUGUUUAACAAUAUGCCAAAAAGAAGAAAAUUAAAUUCUGAUGAAAAAGAAGAUAUUUGUCGCCUUUUGAGUAUGCACGGAAGCAAGUGGCUUAUUAAAGAUCAAGUUAUGAAGGAAACAGUUCUACCUUGACAUUCUACACUACGACAUGACGUUAGUUUAGUAUUCCUACUGUUGAAAUAUGGUUUUAAUUUAGACCAGAUCUUGAACUAAGAACAGAUGAAAGUGGUAUCAUAACUGGAAUAUUUUUUCAAGACUAUGAAAUUAAGUGAUUUUUUGGUUUAUAUCCUGAGUUACUUUUGGUUGAUGCAACUUAUAAGCUUACUAAUUUGAGAAUGCCUUUAUACAUUCUUCUUGUAGUCAGACCAAAUGGCGAAAGUGAUAUUGCAGCUAUUUUUUAACUGCAUCAGAAGACUGUGUUUCUUUUUCAACAAUGUUUGAAAUAUUCAAAGAAAAAAAUAUAAACUGGAGUAAGAUAUUAUCUGUUUUUACUGACAAAGACAUGACAGAGCGUGAAUGCAUUAAGCAUGCAUUUCCACAAAUUAAUUUAUUGUUGUGUAUAUUUCUUGUUUUGCAUUGAAUGAGCAGAGAAAUAACAAUAUCAAAAAUGAAUAUAUCUGAAGCUCAAAAACUGGUUGCUUUAAAAGCUCUCCAAAAUAUGGCAUAUGCAACUACUGAGAAGGAAUAUGAAUUGUUGCGUGAUGAGUUUCACAAAGUUAUGCCACUAUCUGUUGUUAAGUUUGUUGAAGUUAAUUGGCAUGCUUGUAGGUUCGAGUGGGUGCAUUGUUGGCAGCAACAAAAUGUAACUUUUGGAGAAUGCACUACCAAUCGUCUUGAAUCUAUUAAUCGUAGAAUUAAAGCUGUUGUUUUUUUGUUAAGUCCUUUACCUAUAUUCUUCAAAGAUUUGCUUACUGUUAUAGCCUGCAUGCGACAAGAAAGAGACAUAAAUAUAUAAAGACAACAGAACGGGUUCCUGUUAGUGCAGUUACAAGUUUUCAAUAUGAACGUGAUUAUAAAAAUAUAUAACGCUGUUUGCUUUUUCUUUUGUUAAAUCUCAGCUCAAUGAAUCUGUCAGCAUAGAUAGGGAGUUAGCAAAUGAAGUCAUACAAACUUCUGGAAAAAUUGAAACACUAUAUGAGAACAGCUGCGAUUGUUUAUUUACAAAGUCUAUGGGUUUGCCAUGCAAACACAUGUUUGCAGCUAGAAAAAUUAAGAAAUUGCAAAUGUUCUCUGAAAAUUGUAUUGCUCCUAGAUGGUUUAAGGAAACAGUGCAGAAAAAUCAUCGCGUUUUUCGAAAGAAGGAUCAACAUGAUAGCCAUAUAAAAUUUGCAAAGCUAAAGGAUAAACCCUUGACCCAUGUAGAAAAAUAUUGUCGCGCUAAUCGACUUGUACAGCAUUUAUUAGAUUUAGCAGCAGAAAGCGGAUCAUCUCAGUUUGAAUGUAGAAUGAUGGUCUUGCAAAAUUUAGCAAGUGUUUGGGGUUAUAACAAGGAAGCUAUGGUAACUUCAAUUCAACAUCAAUUUGUUGAUUUUAAUAUUCAAAACAGAGUUUCCAAGUUGGAAAUGGAAGAUGAUAAAUUUAAGUCUAAACUGCAUGAAAGAAAAUUUGAAAGACCAGCUUGUUAUGGUAAAGUUGAAAACAAUGCAGUUCAAAACUAUAUGUUUGAAAGAGCGGGUUGCAGUAGUAAAGUUAAAAGCAUUGCAGUUCCAAACUUUACGUUUGAAAGACCAGGUUUCAGUGGAGAAGUUGAAAGCAAUACAGUUCCAACCUAUAUGUUUGAAAGAGCGGGUUGCAGUAGUAAAGUUAAAAGCAUUGCAGUUCCAAACUUUACGUUUGAAAGACCAGGUUUCAGUGAAGUGGAAAGCAAUGUAGUUCCAAACGCUAUGUUUGAAAGUCCAGGUUGCAGUGGUGAAGUUGAAAGCAAUGUAGUUCAAAACUUUAUAGUUCCUUGUAAAGUUUUGUUGCUGCGUUUGCUAAAAGGAGGAAGGCCUAAUGAUGUUACAGUUUUAACACCUUCCGAUACUAUAGAUCUUAAAUUAGAUGCUAAAAAUCUUCCAUCAUCUCUAAUGAAUGAGAUAGUUGUUUUUGAAAUUCUAAAGCCAUUUCUAACAGCACAAGCGUGGAAGAUUUUAAGAGCCUUUUUUUUAAAGCGCAAAACAAUGAAAAUUUGGAAUUGUCCAAUUUGUAUUCUUAAUGCUCCUACAGAAUCGAUUAAGUGUAGCAGUCGUCUUGAAUGGUAUCACUUUAAUUGUGUCAAGGUGACAUCCAAGAUAAACAAAAAUUGGUAGUGUAGCACUUGUCUGUUGAACCCUGAAUCUUGAAGUUUAUUGGUAGAUAAAGUAGAUUGUUGUUAAAUUUAUUGGUAGAUAAAGUAGAUUGUUGUUAAAUUUAUUGGUAGAUAAAGUAGAUUGUUGUUAAAUUUAUUGGUAGAUAAAGUAGGUUGUUGUUAAAUUUAUUGGUAGAUAAAGUAGAUUGUUGUUAAAUUUAUUGGUAGAUAAAGUAGAUUGUUGUUAAAGUUAUUGGUAGAUAAAGUAGAUUAUUGUUGAAUUUAUUGGUAGAUAAAGUAGAUUAUUGUUAAAUUUAUUGGUAGAUAAAGUAGAUUGUUGUUAAAUUUAGCAAUAAACUUCAUUUAUUUACAUGUUUUUUAUUAAUAUUAACUGUAAUAUUAA